GUUGUUCUCUAUAGCGCGGCACAUACCGCGCGUGAAGUUAAGCUUAAGCAGCUGGGCUGAAGUAGCAGCGUAGGGCGUACUUCUUUUAAGGUUCGGGCCGAACAACAAAAAUAUAAACAGGAGAACGUUGAGAUAUGCAUUCAUUCUGCUCUCUUCCAUCUUUGUCAAAAUGGCAGAUCCUCGUUACUUUGAAUUAUGGAACCGUAAAGGCUCAAAAGCCAACGAUAGCAAAAUCAAUUCUGUGCAAAAGCCUGAUGAUGAUCAACCUGUUGCUCUACCAAGUGGACACGGAUUUGACGAUGCCGUUCCUGGAGGGGGAGGUGUCAUGAGCAGCAAAACUUCUACAACUUCUGCAGCGAGUGCUGCUCCGGGCAAGGUACAGGUCAGACUGGAUACUCCCGGUGGUGUGACAUAUUCACCUAGUGACCUUUCUUCGCAUAACGUCAUCAAACGUAUGUUCAUCCCCUACAAAAUCGGACAAGGUUCGUCUAAACAUAGCAACGAAAAUGAAUCAGAAGGCGAUUUCACAGGCGCUGCCGUCCUACCUGUGAAGUCUGCUUCAAAGCGUGAUAAGGAAAAGGAGUAUGACUUUGAACCAGAACUUCGUCAAGAAGUCAAAGAUCCAUCUAUCUCUGAAGCACGAAAGUAUGCAUUAAGUAUCAAUCUUCAAGAAUUGGAAGGUAGACCAGAAGGAGGUAAAGCAUGGAAUGAGAUACACGAUCAAGACAAGAUCGAAGAAGGAGAUGAGGAUAAAACAUCUGUUGCCGGUCAAUCAAAGAUGACUACUGCAAGUACACGAACAACGGCAACUGUUACCACUCUGGCCACGCAAAUGCCUGACAGUUCCUUGCCGGAUUGGUUCAGGAAUACAUCUGCAAAAAAGGACAAUGCACCUUUCACUGUUCCUCCAGCAUUCACAAAGAAUCCAGGAGAUCAUCAAGAGCCCUGGAAAGCAAUGCGUUGGAACGGUCAUCGUGCAUUUGAGCGGCCGAGUCAGAAGGAUAUUGAACGUGGAAUUGCACCUUUUGCCGAUAUAAACGGUCAAGGAAGAGCACCUUCCAUUGCUGAGACGAAAAGAGAACAAGAUGACGGUGCCACGAUUCGAACGACAGGCACUUACAAGACAGAUGCUCGACAUCUGGACGUUGCAGAUUUGUUCGUAUUAGAUCCUCGUAUCACAAGACCGUUACGCAUGAUCAGACGAACAGAUCCACGUCAAGUGCUUUUGCUGUGCAAUGGUGUUUAUCUAGAAUCGAACGAGGUCGCAUCUAUCAAAGCGGCCCAAGCGGCCCGUCAAGCUGGCCUAGAUGCAAGCGACGUUUCAGGCGUGGGAGAUGGAUCAAAGAAAGCACAAGAGCUUUUGAGUAAAUUGUCCCUCUCGGCAGAAGCACGAGGAGGCAUUGGAAUCUUGUAUUGCCCCUCCGAUGAUCCGUUGAGUCAAGAUGAAGAAAAGUUACAGUCAUUGGACCCUCGAUUUGAAGUAAACACAAGCAAGCGAUUGGAAAGUGCUCCAACAUUCGCACGUAAUACAGAAAGAAGAGCACAAAUACGAGCAGUUGUAGCCGCACUUGAACUGGCAAAUUGGGAAGAAGAAGGAUUUGAUAAGAUUGUUAUCGGAGUUGAACAAGAAUGGAUCGUUCGUGGAAUCACUGUUGAUAUUUGGCGUUGGCGUCAUACAAAUUGGAAGUUGAACGAACAAGGCCCAUUGGGAAACCCGGGUGAUUCUGUACCUGAUCGUGAUUUAUGGGAAGUGUUGGAUGAAGCUGUGCGAAAGUAUGAAGUGAUCGAUUGCAAUGUACGCUUCUGGCAUGUACGAUCAAGGGAUGUUGCACUGGCAAAGAAGUUGGCAAGACAUGGCGCUUUGAAAGAUGUUGCACAAAGAGGUACGAUGGUAAGAUGGCGCAAGAAGCCUGCACCGCCAUUAGCAGCAGAAAUAGAGAGGCGCAAAAAUAUGAAAGACAAAACAAUGCCACAUCAUCAAGGCCCUACACUUACUCAAGUUCGUUGAGGAUAUAAAGCUGUAUCAUAUCAUUCUGGAAGAUAUAUUGAAUCAUUAUAUUGUUGUACAUUGAUAUUCAUGUGGUAAAAUUACAAUUAUGCACAGAAGAGCAUUUUUUUUCAUACUUAUUCUUCUCUAGCAUUGCGAGCACGGGCAAGAGCAUGAGCGAGAUCACGAGGACCAGAAUACU